CCCCGGCUCCAUCCUCCGCCGCCGCCCGAGCAGCUGCGGGGCCGCCGCCGCCGCCUUUGCAGGCUGAGUCAUCACUAGAGAGUGGGAAGGGCAGCAGCAGCAGAGAAUCCAAACCCCAAAGCUGGUGUCACAAAGUACCACUUCUCCAAGUUGGGGGCUCAGAGGGGAGCCAUCAUGAGCGAUGUUACCAUUGUGAAGGAAGGUUGGGUUCAGAAGAGGGGAGAAUAUAUAAAAAACUGGAGGCCAAGAUAUUUCCUUUUGAAGACAGAUGGCUCAUUCAUAGGAUAUAAAGAGAAACCUCAAGAUGUGGAUUUACCUUAUCCCCUCAACAACUUUUCAGUAGCAAAAUGCCAGUUAAUGAAAACAGAACGACCAAAGCCAAACACAUUUAUUAUCAGAUGUCUUCAGUGGACCACUGUUAUAGAGAGAACAUUUCAUGUAGAUACUCCAGAGGAAAGGGAAGAAUGGACAGAAGCUAUCCAGGCUGUAGCAGACAGACUUCAGAGGCAAGAGGAGGAGAGAAUGAAUUGUAGUCCAACUUCACAAAUUGAUAAUAUAGGCGAGGAAGAGAUGGAUGCUUCUACAACCCAUCAUAAAAGAAAGACAAUGAAUGAUUUUGACUAUUUGAAACUACUAGGUAAAGGCACUUUCGGGAAAGUUAUUUUGGUUCGAGAGAAGGCGAGUGGGAAAUACUAUGCUAUGAAGAUUCUGAAAAAAGAAGUUAUUAUUGCCAAGGAUGAAGUGGCACACACUUUAACUGAAAGCAGAGUAUUAAAGAACACUAGACAUCCCUUUUUAACAUCCUUGAAAUAUUCCUUCCAGACAAAAGACCGUUUGUGUUUUGUGAUGGAAUAUGUUAAUGGGGGAGAGCUGUUUUUCCAUUUGUCGAGAGAGCGGGUGUUCUCUGAGGACCGCACACGUUUCUAUGGUGCAGAAAUUGUCUCUGCCUUGGACUAUCUACAUUCCGGAAAGAUUGUGUACCGGGAUCUCAAGUUGGAGAAUCUGAUGCUGGAUAAAGAUGGCCACAUAAAAAUUACAGAUUUUGGACUUUGCAAAGAAGGGAUCACAGAUGCAGCCACCAUGAAGACGUUCUGUGGUACACCAGAAUAUCUGGCACCAGAGGUGUUAGAAGAUAACGACUAUGGCCGAGCCGUGGACUGGUGGGGCCUUGGGGUUGUCAUGUAUGAAAUGAUGUGCGGGAGGUUACCUUUCUACAACCAGGAUCACGAGAAACUUUUUGAACUAAUUCUAAUGGAAGACAUUAAAUUUCCUCGAACACUCUCUUCAGAUGCAAAAUCAUUGCUUUCAGGGCUCUUGAUAAAGGAUCCAAAUAAACGCCUUGGUGGAGGACCAGAUGAUGCAAAGGAGAUUAUGAGGCACAGUUUCUUCUCUGGAGUAAACUGGCAAGAUGUAUAUGAUAAAAAGCUUGUACCUCCUUUUAAGCCUCAAGUAACAUCUGAGACGGACACCAGAUAUUUUGAUGAAGAAUUUACAGCUCAGACUAUUACAAUAACGCCACCUGAAAAAUAUGAUGAGGACGGAAUGGACUGCAUGGACAAUGAGAGGCGGCCGCACUUCCCUCAGUUUUCCUACUCUGCAAGUGGACGAGAAUAAGUCUCUUUCCUUCUGCUACUUCACUGUCAUCCUAGAUUCAUCCCUGAAAAUGAUUCCUGGACAUCACACCAGCUCUCGCCCUGACGGAGGGCAGGCGCCUUCCGACUCCCAGACCAGUCCGAGGUCUCCACCCCGCGCCGCCUGUACCCCUGAGAACACACACGUACGCAGACACACUCGACUUUUUGGUUUUGCAUGAAAUUGUAUCUCAGUCUAAGGUCUCAUGCUGUUGCUGCUACUGUCUUACUAUUAUAGCAACUUUAAGAGGUAAUUUUACAAUCUCUGGAAGUCAUGAGCCCACCACUGUUCAUUUGUGCACCAACUGUCAUCUUUUGAUCUUUUAAUUUUUGUUUUCCCCUAUUAACAGUGAAGGCUAAAGGAGAUACACUGAUUCUAGGUACAUUUUUUAACUUUCUAGAAGCUAAAUCAAACACUAAUUAGACUAAGAAGCUGUAGUUUCUAAUUGAGAACAAGCAAUCGUGGAAGCGCGGCGAUGCGCAGAUGCAGUCUUAGUAAAGCGUAUCAGAGCAGCGCAGAGAGCAGGCAUGUGUCACUCAGAUCGGCUGGAAUCCACUAGGAAGCGUUUGAGAGAAGGACUGACCAGCUGUGAAGCUAGCGCUAGACAUCUGGGAAUGCGCACGCCUGUUGGAUGCUGCAGGGGAGGCCGGGGAUUGCGGGAGACGCCCGGGUUUCCCAGGCAGUCGUUGGCGAGGGAGUUGCUCUGCCAGGAGGGACACGUGCUCUCGGAGUCAAGGUCACUUAGAGGGCCCGUGAUGCCAUUUGCGCCAGAAAGCAUUUUCUCCCCUGUGCUUGGAACCCUUUUUCCCUUCUUGAUCUUAUCACCUCUGAUGGCUGAAGAAUGUAGACAGGUGUAACGAUCCUGCUUUUCACCAAAAUUUGUACACCAAGGUAAAAAGGUGGUUUGCCUUAUUUUAAUUUUUUUUACCUUCAGUUCUACGUGGAUUUGCUUUCUCUCGGAUGUUAAAACCUCGAAUGUCCUUUUAUGAUUUUGUUUCUAUUGCCGUAGUAUUUAUUUUUUAGUGAUGAGAAUUGUAUGUCAUGUUAGCCAAUGCACUCCAACUUCACAUAAAAGAGACGUCCUGCAGUUUAUUUCGACCCAUGUGCAAGGAAUGUACACGCUGAUGAGAGUCAUGCACUUUCUCUCCUAUGUAGACAAAGGGGACAAGGCUCUGAAACUGCACACGGAGGGCAGAAUUCGGCUUGGGGGGGAGAGGCGCUGUCGGUUAACCCCUUGGUGCUAAAAACGAGAAACCCCCAACUCUCCACGCCAAGGGGUUGCAACAGAUGGAUGUUAAUGCUGGCUCUUUUGGGAACCGAAAUGUUACGAUGGCCUGGCGACAGAGUGUAAUGAAGACAGUUUGAGACCCGGAUGACGAGAAAUGGACUUUACUUGGCGAGAUGCACACAUCGCGAGUAUUUACGGAGUGGGCAGUAAAGGAGAAGGACCUGGUGUGUUUAUUCUGAUCAUGGUACAUUUCUCACUGAAUUAAGCCAUCAGGGAAAACAAAAAAACAAAAAAGAACACCUCCAGCUUUUCUUUUUCUGUAUAUACUCAUGUCCUCAAAUUCCACCAUUGCUCACUGAUAGGGGACAUGUAUGCAAACCUCAUAUUUCUCCUUCAUUAAUGAUGACUUCAGAUUCAACCCUUUGGUGCUAGGAGCUGACAUUUUCCAAAGCAGCCUGUGAAGUCCAGGGGGCAGGGGGGCUCCCGACUCCACGGGGCACUCUCGGAGAUGUGUUUUAGGUGAACGUCGGACAGCUCCCACGUGGAAGGCUCCAGCAUGAUGAGUGUCGUGACCGCAUUGGAUGAGAGCAAGUGACCUUCCCGUAGGAUGAGUCACAUUCAUACGCCGAUGUCUUAGCCUCUUGACGCUGGAAGUGUGGAUUUCUAGAUCCGAAACCACUGCUGGCGGUGGGUGGACCGCUGGGACCGACAGGGGGGUUCAAGGGCAUUUUACUAAGGCAGCUAAGACAUAUGCAGACAUAGAUGUUAUUCUGAUUUUUCAUAUUUCUACCUGAGUGAAGUUCAUCCUUAGCAUUGAGUAGGAAGUUCCAGUGAAUGGUAGUUCAUUCCUAACUUACACAUAGAGCUCAACAUUCUUUUUCCUCUUGGAAUUCUGUUGAAUGUUUCACGUUGACCAGGAAGUAGACUGGAAGGUAUGUCCUGUAAGUUGUCUUGCAUCCAUUGGUGAGAAAGACACAGGCGAGAGGGAGAGAGGAGAGCUGAGACGGGCUGGUGUUCAGAGCAUUCACUUCUGCAGAGGGAAAGUCAGGCCCCACACUCAGCACACCGGGGGUUUGGGGUUUUUUUCAGAUCCGAAGGUGGCUUCCAUGACGCUGGCCGAGGACACCUCCUAAAAGUCACGCGGCGUUGACUGGGCCCCAGGCCGGCCUCUGCCCAGCUGGCUCUCUGUCCCCAGCGGUGCCCGGGCUCAGUCCCCUCCCGAGAUUCCGUCGGUGCCACGCAGGGGGUUUCCUUGGCUUCGCUUUUGAGAGUCCCUUCCUUUCGCCCCCCGAUCUCAGUCAGCUGGUGCGGAAGAACGAUCGAAACCCAGAGAUGCGUGUACACGGCGGCGAGUCGGAAACUUCCCUCCCGUCCGCCCAGAGCUGAAGUUCCGGAUCCUGGCGGACGGAGAGGCCUGAGCCUGGAGCCGCUCUGUGGGGAGAGAGUCCGGGCUUCGCGGCCUCCGUCCUGCACCGCCUUCCAGGCGGGCUGCCUCGGGCCCCGGGCGGCCUCUUGGGGGAAAUGGGCCGCUUCUGCUUGGAUCGUCGGCAGGGCUGCUCACAGCUUUGCUGUCCCCACUAACCCCAUAGCAUCAGUGCAGUGUUUCCACCUCCCACCCCGAUUCCUGGCUUCGUCGAGCUGACUGUUCUUGCAGGGCCACUUGCUUCUCUUAGAGGACAAAGUGAGGGCCUUCCUUACUAACCGCAGGGUCUGUCACACCUCAGUGUCCUACUUGCUGCUACUGUUUGUACUGUGUCCACAGUAGAAGUUCCUUAUCUUGCUCCUGGUAAUGCAUUACAGGCCAGCAUGAAAUGUUAAACUAUUUAUUUAAAUAAAAAGGAAACCUCUAAAUUGGUAAUUGAAUUACCUCCCUGUAGCUUUAUAGUUUGUGACAUUUCUUGACCUUUGCUAGUUCUUUCAUUAGAUCCGUGCGAGAUCCAGUCACCUGGUUAAGGAUUUUAAGCUGAAGCAACUAUGAACCCAAGACCCUGUAUUACUCUUACUGUCGGUCAUACUAAAACUGUUUAUUUCCUUAAGGAUAUGGCCCACAAGGAUGUGAAAUAACUACAAGAAACUGUUUUGUACACUGUACAUCCUCCGUAUUUUUACACGUCUGAUAGGGAUGCACAUUAUUUUCCUUCGUGCAGACAGCUUAAAUAAAGCACUAUGUCAAUCUG